CCGGUCCUUGAGCUUGGCCACCUGCCUGAGAAACUUGUGGUUGGUUGUCGCCCUCGGAUCGUUUCCGGGCCGGGACAGGAAUCCGGCCAUGAAAAAUACUUCGGGACACCGUGAGCCCCGGACCCGUCCGAGAGAAAGAGACCCGGACCGGCGCCCGCACCCGGACCGAGACCGCCACGUCGAGCGGUCGCGGGACCGAGGCGGGGACAGGCACAGGGAGAGGAACGGUGACGUGAGAGGAAACGGGGACCGUCAGGCGGGCCGAGAACAGAGAAGGGACCGAGACCAGCGCCAGGACAGACACAGGGACGCGAGCCAUCGCGCAUCCGAACAAAGAGCCUUGGAGAAGUCCCGUCAAAGCCGUGCGCCGCCCGAGCCCUGGGGACCCAGUUGGGACGCAGCCCCGACUCCGGGACCCGCACCCUGGGGGCCCCCAGAGCUGUCGCAGAAGCAUGGCCUCGGGCGCCGCGGGUUGGAGAGCGAACGGGCUUUGGAAAGAUACGUGCCAACCUACUCCGUGCCUGCUCUCCAGAAAGAGGAAUAUUACCAGUCGGAAGCGGAGGGACUCCUGGAUUGCCACAAAUGCAGAUACUUGUGCACAGGGAGAGCCUGCUGCCAGAUGCUGGAGGCUCUGCUGAACUUGCUGAUCUUGGCCUGCAGCUCUGUCUCUUACAAUUCCACGGGGGGCUACACGGGCAUCACCAGCCUGGGGGGGAUUUACUACUACCAGUAUGGAGGGGCCUAUAGUGGCUUUGACGGUGCGGACGGGGAGAGAGCCCAGCAGUUGGACGUCCAGUUUUACCAGCUCAAGCUGCCUACGGUCACUGCAGCCAUGGCCUACAGCGGAGCCCUCAUGACCUUCUCCUGUCUCACCCUCCUCGCGGGUGCCUUGCGGGUCCCUUGGCACUGUCCACUAUGGCUGGUGAUUGAGGGCUUAAUGGAUGCACUCAUUGCUGGGGCCUAUGUUCCAGGCUUGUACUUCUUCUUCCAACACCUCUCUGCCGCCUAUAGCUCAGAUGUGUGCAAGGAGAGGGAGACCCUGUACCAGAGCAAAGGUUAUAGUGGCUUCAACUGUGGUGUCCAUGGGGGAGAUAUAGGAGCAGGAGUCUUUGCAGCCAUGGCCAUUGGGGUCUUUGCCGUGGGAGCUGUCCUGGCCUUUAGGGGUUACCGAAAAGUCAAGAAGCUGAAGGAGAAGCCCACAGAAAUGCUUGAGUUUUAGACUUCUAGAAUGUUCUGCCACUUAUACGUGAUAGACGUCACUUUCAACCACAAUCAUUCAUAAGAAUUCUUCAAUGUGGAACUCACUAAUGCUUCCAAAAUACCAAGCCAGUGUGGGUAUGCCGGGCUUAGCUCCUGGUUGCAUGGAGCAGUAAAUAUUCUCUGUGAUAACAAGCUCUGGUUUCUGCAAUCCUCUGUGGAUGUGGAACUAACAAACAGCAUAUCAAAACGCCAAACACUGGAGCCAGCCAGGUGGUACAGACUUAGAACCCUAUAAUCCUAGCACCGAGGCUGAGACAGGAGAAUCUUGAGUUCCAGGCUAGCAUGGACUGACUACAUAGCAAGACUCCGGCUCCAAAGCAGAUAAUCAGCAACAAUGAAGGACUGUAGUAGAGGCUGGGACUCCCAGGAGCAAGGCAAAGUAUACUUCAUGAUCAGGGCAGAAACAAUUGCACUGGAAAAGCUACAUCAACAGAAGACAGCUCAGUCUCAACUCUCCUAAACUCAGCCCUCUUCAGCAGACACAUGGGGCAUCUCCAGACUGCGUAUCCAAGCCCUACACCCCAUUAACUGUAUGAAUUCUGGGGGAUUUCCCCAGAAAAACUUAAGUUUGAGUGGGUGUGUGGUAAGGAAAAGAGAAUCAGAUUAAGCUUGCUGAGCUGCAAAGAAACCCUUCUACUGGCCCCUGGGAGCGCUCAGUAAGCAUUUGUACCUCCCGUAAAUGUGCCAUUGUAUGAAGAAUCCAACCCCACAGCUGGUUCAGGAUCUGCUCCAAGGAAAAGAAUGUGAAGCCCCUUUCCCAACAGAAGAACGUUACUUUUGGCCAGACAACUUCACAGGCUAGAUGACCUGUUGAAUCAUGGCUUGGGACCAUCACUGUAUAUUCUGGUACAAAUGACUAUGUUCUUUGUUUGAUGCAAAUCCAAGCAUCCCAAAGAAAAAGCUUAACUUGGAGGCAGAGUUCUUCUUUAUGUUCAUGAUACUUUAUUCACUUAAACUCCGUCGACUGAUGUAGAAGACUUCAGCCUUAGGGACAGAACUGUAUACCCGUGUCGUACAUGGUUAGAAAUUCUCUUGAACACUGUGAGAAGUUUUGCGCAAAGAAAAGGGGGGUGGGGUAAAUUUUUCACUCUAUAGAGACUAUGACUGCACAUAUUCAUUUUAUUUUCACAAAAAUAAAAAAGAUCAAAC